GUCUACAUUAGAGCGUCUACCAUUUUGUUACGAUUUUAAUCGAGUCGCGCUUGAACUCCUCUGUUUGCGCACCAUUUUGCCUGAUCUUGCGGCUUGCACGUUUUCGGAGUGUUUAGGAGCUAAUUUUGACGCUGAUUGCAGAUAUCCCAGGUACUGUUUAGAAUAAAAUUGCAUUAGAAUCAUGUCGAGUGGCAGUGGGGAUCACGAGGAUGAAGGAUAUGUUGUUAAAAUGCGUGGAUUGCCAUGGUCCACUACUGUGGAUGAAAUCAUGAAGUUUUUUGGCGACUGUUCCAUUUCUAAUGGCAAGAAUGGUGUUCAUAUGACUAUGUCUCGUGAGGGACGUCCCAGUGGCGAGGCUUAUGUAGAAAUGGAUACUCCGGAAGAUAUUGAGAAGGCUUGCAAAAGAGACAGGGACCAUAUGGGCCAUCGUUAUAUUGAAGUUUUUAAAGCAAAACGCGGAGAGAUGGAAUGGGUCGUGAAGAGGAGCGGCCUUAACUUGGAAAAUGCAAUGGAUGAUGGUUGCGUGAGAUUACGUGGCCUGCCAUUUGGUUGUUCGAAAGAAGAAAUUGCACAAUUCUUCUCAGGGUUGGAGAUAUUGCCGAACGGGAUUUCACUACCGACAGACUACACGGGCCGCAGUACUGGGGAGGCUUACGUUCAAUUUGUUAACAAAGAUGUUGCGGAGCGCGCUCUGCAGAAACACAAGGAAAAGAUAGGACACAGGUGGGGCACUGAGACGCUAUAGCUGGGUUUGGGUAUACUUAUGACUUUUCCAUAUCAUUUAUAUUAAUGAUUGUAGUAUACUUAGCUAUAUACAUUUCAUUUAAUAAAUAGCGGGAACAAAUUUUACAAUACGGAUGCAGU